AUGGCAAAGGCCAUCUCGCCUUCGUACCAGGAAUCUCCGACAUCGACGCCAAAUACUUCCCCCAACGCCACAUAUUCUGGUUCAACGACCCCACUGAAUGAGCGACAGCGACAGAUUCUAAGCUCCGUCAAGGGCAGAGAGCUGACAGUAACCCGCCGCGAUUCCGCCAGCAAUGAUGUCUCGAAACGUGAACCCCAACACUCCAAACUGGUCCCCUUUGCCAGAGGCCUCCAAAAGCGCAGACAUGAUCGAAUCCCACCUUCGCGGACUCUCAGCCCGGUCGUGGGAGCGAUGCCCUACCAUCGGCCACACAUCCCAGAAUUCGUCUUCCGUGAGGCUAUUCCAAGUCUCAUCCUGCCCCAAGAUAUCUCGACGUGGGUCACGAUGUACUUCACCUCGCCCAUGGCCUACCACUGUUAUAACUAUAGCGAAGGCAUGUGGCUUGAUGUGGUACAUAACCGCCCAAUCCAACGAACGACACUCAUGCACAAAGCAAAGCUUCUACGCAUGGUCAAUGAGUACAUUGACAAUUUUGAGGAUGCUGACCUCGAGCUGCUCAUCAUGGGCAUGACGACCAUCUUCAAAGUGAGCACUGAUGAUGGCAGUACGUUUUUGAGUGGUCCGGAGCUGUUUACGCCUCACGCGGACCCAGACGAUCUUGGGAGGAUCCUCAAACGCAUGGAAACAGUCGUGCUCCACGCCAACGCGCUCAACCGACUCCUUGACGAAAGAGGCCCGGACACCCCCUUCGAGCACUUUCCGGGUAUCGAAGACAGCAUGCCACUCGUCGACGUGAUAAUCUCCUCCGCCCACGCCUGCAAACCCCGCUACCAAACCACGACCGCUCAAAUGCUCUCCCGCUGCCCCAACCGCCUAACCCCCUUCCCAGCACUCCCCUCCCCAUACAGCGAAGGCCUCGGCUUCCUCACCUCCGUCCCAGGAAGCCUUCCCCUGCAAGCCCUCAACGCCUACCGCAACCUCGCCACCCUCGACCGCCUCUGCUCCACAACCACCGUCCCCAACGCUGCGCACUUCAAAUACUUCGCCAUCGACCCGCGCGUCAACGCCGUCCAACACCAACUCCUCUCCAUGCCCCACUGGGACGUCCUCAGCGCCGACGACCAAGAAGACUCCUCGCGCGUCAUCUACGAAUCCUGCCGCAUCGCCUGCAUCCUCUACUCCAACUCCGUCAUCCACCCCGUCCCCACCACCGUCGGCUCCUGGCUCCCCUGCCUCCUCGGUGACCUCAAAUACCUCCUCCUGCGCUCCGGCGUCCCCAAGAAAGACCACGAUGCGGUCCCGCUGGCGAUUUGGGUGAGUUUUGUUGGAUGUAUGUGUUCGUAUGGCAUGAAGAAUGAGUGGGGGUUCUUUUUGCGGUGUUUGAGGGAGAUUGUGCGGGUUGCUGGGUUGGUGGGGGAUUGGGAGGGGGUGAGGCGGGUGCUGGAGAGGUUUCUUUGGAGUGAGAGUGCUUGUGCGAGGGGGGCGAGGGUGGUUUGGAGGGAGAUUAUGAAGGGGGUGGAUUGA